AGCCGAAGAGACGCCAUGGGGAGGGGUCGCGUGGCGGGGGUCGCGAUGGCGGCGCUCGGCGUUGCUACCUGUCUCAUCGUACUGGCGAUGAAGAUGCGGGAAGAGAGCACAGAAGGAACUGACGAGCUCCUGCUCAAGGUCGACCUCGAGUCUCACGACCCUUACUCCGCUCCUGCCAACCUCUACCUCUGGUGGGGGCCCAGCACCAACCAUCGUUUCACCGGCAGCGGGGAGCACAUCCGGCACCUUCUGCACAUGGGGAUCAUCGAGGGAGGGGAAUGGAGGGAUCCGAUGUUCCUAGGCAACAACGGAGUAGCUACGUUCCGGUCUCAGAGGUUCAGGAAGAUCAGUGAAACGUGCUGCAGCACCAUCGUCAUUCCGCCCAUGGAGUGGGACUUCCCGGUGUACAACACGCACAAGAUGAUCGGCCAGAGGAUCCGCAACUUCGUGGCCAACGGUAACAUGCUCGUUCUCACCGGCGGCAUUCUAUCGAUUGAGUUCAUCAACUCGUACUUUUUCUACACCAUCGAGCCGGCGGAUGGCAACUACAGCCCUGGACCUUACAGGCGCCUCGAGGACGUUCCGGACUGCAUGCGAGUAGCACCAGAGGUUCUUCCUCAGAAGGGAAUCUCGGUCACGGCUGUCAAGAAGGAUUCCUUGCCCUCGGGCACAGAGGUGUUGUGGGGAACUCCUCGCUCUAGCCCUGUCUUCAUGAUCAAGUUCUGUGAGGCCCAGAGCCCCGAUGAAGGCAUGCCUCCUGUCAAGGUCCUCCCGCGAGACUGCCCGCUCGCCGAGAAGGACGGAAGGCCUUGCUCGUGUGGCUACAUCAUGUACAUCGGGUACAACUACCAGGAGCAGUACCCCACCCGCUGGGACAAGGUGCUCCGGGGGGCGGUGGAGAUCAUGAACCCGGUGUGGCAGGAGCCAGCAGGAGGGCUCAAGGGAAACAAGAAGGUGUUUAUCCCUGGUACUCCUCCCUGCCUCCAGAAGGGCGAGAAGAAGUUCGACUGGCCCAAGUCGGGCGCCUACUCCAAGGACAUGAAGGACCUUGACGACGUGUCGCUCAAGCACGUCGAGCCGGUGCACCAUGAGAGCGGCAACGUCGCAGCUCGGGGAAGGGACGAGACUGCUAAGGAUACGCUGGCCAUGCAGAAAGUAUCUGGGAAGCUGACGCAGGAGAAGCAGGAGAUUAAUGAGUUGCAGACUCAAGUGCAGGAUUUGAAGCACGUCCAUGCGCAGUCGCAGCCGAGGCAGCAAGCUUCUCGCACCCAGACGCUGUCUCAACGGUCCAAGGACAACGAGCCCUCCCUGUCCGAGUUGCGACAGAAAGCAUUGAAGAUCUUGCGAGAGGUGAAGCAGAAGGAGCGCGCGGAUCGACCGGCUGCUGCCCGCAAGGCUGCAUCACUGGCUCCUCAGAGUGAGAGCGCUGAGACGCAGACGUUGGUGAGAGUUGUCACCUCGCUGGCUAAGGACGUGAGCAAGAUUAACCACAAGGUGGACAAGCUCGCAGACUCCGAGAAGAAGGCAGUCAAGGUUCUCCCAGCGCAACCAUCCGAUAAGGAGGAGAAGGAGAUCAAGACGAUGCAGAAGGAGAUGCAGAAGUACAAGAGCAAGGCUCGGAGCCUCGAGCAGGAGCUCAACUACGAGCAGUCUGUGCCCAUGCCAGAGUACACUCAGGCUGAGGAGGAUCACACGACUCCUCUCUUCGCCAAGGGGUCGCGAUCUUGUGGAACUCUCUGCAAGUUGAAGCAGCUCGUGAAGAAGACCCGGCGCAACAUCUCCAAGGAACUGGAAGCCGCCAUUCACUGAUCGACCGUCUCCCCUUUAGCUCUUCACCCUCAUCAUUUCUAGUUUGACUUGAAGUAUUCUUGUGCUCUC